ACUGACUCAGCCAGUUUGUCUUAGCUCAGUAUUGUUGACAUCAACUGCUACCAGCUCUAUCCAAGGUCUCAGGUAGAAGGUCUCUUCCAUUACCUGCUACCUGAUAUGUUUAGCACAACAGCGGAAGGUUGCAAGUGAAAAUGAAGGUCUCCUUUUCCCCUUUAGCUGCCUCCCCAAUUACAGUAUUAAGCAAUUGCAGGUUUGCUGGAUCGAUCAACAGAAACGCUUCUCUUAGGGGCUGGGGACACACUGCAGAAUUUUGUUGCUGUCCCACUUGUAUUAAUGGAUAUGGGCAUGUAGAAACAAACUGGCUUUCCUGUCUGCUCAGAUCCUUGUCAGCCUCUCCAGCACCUGCCGCCCUGGGUUUCCCGUGUACAUAUCUCCUCUUCGGGAGGAUGACGCACAAUGCCCAAAGCCCCGUGAGAUCAAGAGAUUAAGUCCUGCCAGCCUGGAAAAGUUCAUGGCUUCUCUGGUUUUAAAAAUGACAUUCAAAGAUGCGAGGCAUUCAAAGUUCUGAUUCUGAAAUGAUUUGAUGCUUUCGAAAGUCACACUUUUCCGUUCUAGAAAAAGUUGGAUGGUUAAGCGGAUGUUUAUGAUGUAAUGACACGCCCCGCCUUUCCUCCCCAUAAAGGCUUUAUAGAACUCAGUCUGUUCGAUCAAGUAAGGCUUUUGGAAAGCUGUUGGCUCGAAGUGUUGAUGGUGGGUCUGAUGUGGAGAUCCAUCGAUCACCCUGGCAAGCUCAUCUUCGCGCCAGAUCUCGUACUCGACAGGUGAGAAAAUGAAUCGUCUUUUGGGGUUAAGGUGCUCCUUUUUAUUUUUGCUUGUUAGUUUGAUUUGCAUUUCAACCUUGUGGCACAGAAACAUUGUGGGGGCUGCCAAUGUGGACACUUUAAUGGGGGAUAAGACAUCCGUGGAGGAUGAAUCUAUCCAUGGUGGCUACCAAGCAUGAUGACUGCAUUCCACCAUCAGUAUUGGAGAUGACAAGCCUCUGAAAACUGGCAAAUACAGUGGUGCCUCGCAAGACGAAAUUAAUCCGUUCCUCGAGUCUCUUCGUCUUGCAGUUUUUUCAUCAUGCGAAGCACGGCUAUUAGCGGCUUAGCGGCUGUUAACGGCUUAGCGGCUAUUAACGGCUUAGCGGCUUAGCGGCUUAAGUAGCUUAAAGAAAGGAAACAAACUCGCAAGAACUCGCAAGACGUUUCGUCUUGCGAAGCAAGCCCAUAGGGAAAUUUGUCUUGCGGAACGACUCAAAAAACGCAAAACCCUUUCGUCUAGCGAGUUUUUCGUCUUGCGAGGCAUUCAUCUUGCGGGGCACCACUGUAUGAGUUCUGUUGUUCUCAUGCCUUGCUUGUGACCUUCUCAGAGCAUCUUUUGGGCUGUUGUGGGAAGAGGACUAGUUGGGCCUUUGUUGUAAUAAUGAAAAUAUUUGAAGUCCUUAAACCAUAGAAUCAUAGAGUUAGAAGGGACCACAAAGGUCAUCUGGUCCAGGGGUCAGAAACUUUUUCAGCAGGGGGCCAGUCCACUGUCCCUCAGACCUUGUGGGGGGCUGGACUGUAUUUUUUUGGGGGGGGGAACGAAUUCCUAUGCUGCACAAAUAAUCCAGAGAUGCAUUUUAAAUAAAAGCACACAUUCUAGUCAUGUAAAAACACUAGGCAGGCCCCACAACUAACACAGAGAUGCAUUUUGAAUAAAAGGACGCAUUCUACUCAUGUAAAAACACGCUGAUUCCCGGACCGUCCGGGGGCCGGAUUUAGAAGGAGAUUGGGCUGGAUUCAGCCCCCAGGCCUUAGUUUGCCUAUCCAUGAUCUAGUCCAACCCCCUACAAUGCAGGAGUCUUACACCCAACAUGGGGCGCGAAUCCACGACCCUGAGAUUAAAAAUCUCAUGUUCUACCGACCAAGCUAAAGAAACCUUUCAAAUUACAGUUCCUAACAUUAGAAUAACUGCACUCACCACUAGAAACCUCCAGAUGAUUGCCAAGCAGAGCAUAUGGUGAUAGGCUGCUAAUAAUAAUAAUAAUAAUAAUAAUAAUAUAGUAAUAAUUUUCUGGGGUGAAUUUCAAGCCAGGAUUGGGAAUCUGUGACCCUCCAGAUGUUGCUGGACUCCUGGAUAGGAAUGGAUGAAUCUUCAGUUUCAGGUCUCUAAGUUUAUUUUGCCGGUCUUAAAUUAAGUUAACCACAAUUAGUGCAGCAACUUACGAUUUUUGCAAAUAAACAAUUCUCAUGAAUAUUUGCCAGCAUUUUCAUGUGAAUUUCUCUGCAACAAUUUCCUCUAAUAUACUACAUUUCGUAUGUUAUUUUCACUAAUAUAUUAUGCACAUUUCCCCCUAAUAUAUGCACUGUUGUACAUAUUGUUUGGUUGGAGACCAAAAUUCAGUGAAGUGUGAAUGUCAAAGGAUAACUGUGUUUUAGUUUGUGUAUGGGUGGAACAAGUGCAAAUUACGUUGUUUCUAAUUACAAUGCAAAUAAAAUUGAAUUUCUCCUCUCCUCCCAAACUCCCACCAGCUCCAGUCAGCAGAGAUAGUGAGGGAUUGUAGCCUAACAACUUCUGAGGGGCUGCAGGUUCUUCAUUUGCAUUGUAAAGUGAAGGACAAGGAUUUUGUGCAAGACACUUAGGUGCUCUUUUCAAAGACAAAACAAAAACUGGAUGUCAACAAAAAAGGCAAAUACAGUGGUACCUCUGGUUAAGAACUUAAUUUGUUCCAGAGGUCCGUUCUUAACCUGAAACUGUUCUUAACCUGAGGUACCACUUUAGCUAAUGGGGCCUCCCACUGUUGCCACACCGCCGGCACGCGAUUUCUGUUCUCAUCCUGAGGUAAAGUUCUUAACCCGAGGUAAUAUUUCUGGGUUAGCAGAGUCUGUAACCUGAAGCGUUUGUAACCCGAGGUACCACUGUACAUACUAGAGCAUACUGGUGUGUUUUUGUUUUGGCUUUUUAAAAAAGGAAAUGCUGUUUUGUGUCCUCAGUAAUUCUUUUAUGUCUCCAAAAUUAGGGAUGAAGGGAAAUGUGUGGAAGGAAUUUUGGAAAUCUUUGACAUGCUCUUGGCGACGACUUCAAGGCUCCGGGAGCUGAAAUUGCAGCACAAGGAAUAUAUUUGUGUCAAGGCCAUGAUCCUCCUCAAUUCCAGUGAGUAGACGCUUCAGUCAUGUCAAGCUGUACUUAUUACCGGGAACAAAAAGUUGGGUGGUAGCAGAAGAAAUACGAAAGGGCACAAGAGCCAUUAAGGUAAAGGGAGUAAUAAAUGCCCUAAGUGCUUUUUCCGUCCUCAUGCUCUAAUGGUUUUAUGACUGGUACACAGAAAUAAUACUGAGGUCACCACAUGCCGCUUCAUCCUAGACACCGUGUUGUUAUACUCCCCAAAGGCAAAACUUAAGGACCCUAAAUGAAGCUGCGUGCAACCUGGGACUUGAGCUGUUACUCCUCAGUGCCUGCCCAUCCGUGAGGCAGACUGAGGUGACUGCCUCAGGCGGCAGAAUCCAAGGGGCACCUCUGUGGACACGCCUCCCCACCGUCACUGGAGAAGGGAAGAGAAGCGGAGGCUUUCAGGUUCUGGCGAGUUCUCGUGGGAGCCCCACAAAAUCUUGUGAGAGCCCAGUGAGCAGGGGCGGAGGAAGGGGGUGCGGUGGGGGCAGGGCACCCCGGGUGUCGCCACUGAGGGGGGUGACAAAAUGCCAGGCGGCACUCACCGCGGGGCCUGUAGCGCGCCUGAGCCACACAUCUUUCCUGUUAGUGAUGCAUUGGCUUGGGUGCCCACAGGCUCCGCGCUGCCCCAAACGGUCCGCCCGCUGCCUCCCCUUCAGCUGUAGGGCGGCUGAGUGGGAGGAGGCAGGCAGACUCCUCAGAGGCCCCGUGGAGUAUCCUGCCCUCGCUGGCCCCACCCCAGGGUGCAGGGCACGCAUGCCACCCCAGGCACCCGAUCUGCUCGCUCUGCCACUGCCAGUGAGAUCUUGCCAGCCAUGUAACCCUGAUAAGCGAGGCUAUGGAGGGGGUGGCAAGGGGAGUUUUGUGCCCACAGAAGUGCCCCAUUUUGCCUCAGGCAGAGAGGUAGGACAGGCUGCCCCUGUCCCUCACACUUGGUUUGAAUCACGCUGCUGUUCAUCCUUAUGCACACGGCUGUCCUAGGGAGCAAUGGGAUUUAAAACUGCUUUCAUUUUUUCUGGGAAGUGGCUGUUGUGUUCCCUUAAAAAGGUAAAGGUAAAGGUACCCCUGACCAUUAGGUCCAGUCGUGACUGACUCUGGAGUUGUGCGCUCAUCUCACUCUAUAGGCCGAGGGAACCGGCGUUUGUCCGCAGACAGCUUCCGGGUCAUGUGGCCAGCAUGACAAAUCUGCUUCUGGCGAACCAGAGCAGCGCACGGAAAUGCCGUUUACCUUCCCGCUGGAGGGGUACCUAUUUAUCUACUUGCACUUUGACAUGCUUUCAAACUGCUAGGUUGGCAGGAGCAGGGACAGAGCAACGGGAGCUUACCCUGUCGUGGGGAUUCGAACCGCCGAACUUCUGAUCGGCAAGUCCUAGUUUCUGUGGUUUAACCCACAGCGCCACCCGCGUCCCUUGUGUUCCCUUAGGUCUGCUCUUAUCAGACCACAGGCUGCUGCCCAACUCUGAAUGUGGCAGAUACAUCCAGCUGCUAUUUGUCUGCGAAUCUUCAAUGAAAUAACAUGAAAUAUCAAUAUUUCAAAGGGGGGAAGCAUGUUCUUAACUGCCACUUUGCUAGUUUCACUAAACAUCCUCGCCCUCAAUGUGCAUGAGGCUUUGUAGGAUUUUUUUUUUUAAGUCCCUGCCCCAAAGAACGUACAAAUGACAUUUCAGCAGUGAUGGCGGGACAACUGGGUUAGCAGGAGAAGAGGCGAGAAAAGAAAGAACAGUGAAUGGAAGGGGUGAGAUUAUUAGAGAGAGAAUAUGAGCAAAUGCAAUUACACAUAUUUAACUUGGGUUGGGGUGGAGAAUGAAGAUAAAGGGAUUAAGCCAAAGGUGUUUGAAAAGGUGGCUUUUAAACAGAGAUGCUGGCAAAGUUCUCCUGAGUCAAGAUAAUUAACUUGUGAAAGAGCACUGUAAAGAACAGAUGAGCUUUUAAAGUGUCAGCAUAAAAACAUAGCAGCACAGUUCCAAACAUCUUCUCUUCCCUCUUUGCCUGUCAUCUUUCCAAGACACGUUCUAGCUUGCAAUAUGCAACACUCCCCUCACAAACACAGGAACAUCCCAUCCAAAUUCUCUCUUACAUUGAAACAAAUCACGCUACUCAUCCAAUAUCACCCAUCCCAUUCUAUUCUCACUGAUCACACUCUUCCACCAAUACUCACAAGCACACCCUCCACCUAAUCUCUCCAAUAUCUCCCACUCAGUUGCCCGUUAACAUCAAUCACGCCUUCCACUCGACUAAAAAAUUAUUGCAGAAACACCAGGAGACGACACCACUCACGGAUGAAACCGUAUAAAAUAUCAAAAUAAAAUUAAUACCCACCAAUCGCACAGACGUACCAUUCUAGGUAGUAACUCUGGUUGCUACCUCUCAACUAAGGAUUCCUUUCUCUCACCAAGUCAUGGCCUCAGACAUUUACUGUUAUUUAUUAAUUUAUAUGGGACGCGGGUGGCGCUGUGGGUUAAACCACUGAGCCUAGGGCUUACCAAUCAGAAGGUCGGCGGUUCGAAUCCCUGCAACGGGGUGAGCUCCCGUUGCUCGGUCCCUGCUCCUGCCAACCUAGCACUUCGAAAGCACGUCAAAGUGCAAGUAGAUAAAUAGGUACCACUCCGAUGGGAAGGUAAACGGUGUUUCCGUGCGCUGCUCUGGUUCACCAGAAGCGGCUUAGUCAUGCUGGCCACAUGGCCCGGAAGCUGUAUGCCGGCUCCCUCGGCCAAUAAAGCGAGAUGAGCACUGCAACCCCAGAGUCGGUCAUGACUGGACCUAAUGGUCAGGGGUCCCUUUACCUUUACCUUUAUUAAUUUAUAUACUGCUUCUAAGCCGUUCGAAGCUAUGAAAGCCAACUACAAAAUGCCAACCUCCUUCAUUAAAGCACACCCACUGAAACACCGAAAUAAAGAACGGUGAUUAAAAUAUGCUGCAAAACAGUACAGCCAUCAUAACUGAGAGACCCCUCUCAAGAGAUCAACCGUGGUUUCUUCAAGAGCUGACAGAGUGCCGUUACCUCAGGGGCCUUUUGUAUUUCAGCGGGGAGGGCAUUCCUGUAACACCAGGACUUUUUUUCAGCCGGAACGCACCGGAACUCAGUUCCGGCACCUCUCUGGAGGGCACCGUUGCCAUUAUAAGAGAACAAGGGAGUUCUAGCACCUCUUUUCCUAGAAAAAUAAAGGUAAAGGGACCCCUGACCAUUAGGUCCAGUCGUAACCGACUCUGGGGUUGCGGCGCUCAUCUCGCUUUAUUGGCCGAGGGAGCCAGCGUACAGCUUCCGGGUCAUGUGGCCAGCAUGACUAAGCCACUUCUGGCGAACCAGAGCAGCGCACAGAAACGCCGUUUACCUUCCCGCCAGAGCGGUACCUAUUUAUCUACUUGCACUUUGACAUGCUUUCGAACUGCUAGGUUGGCAGAAGCAGGGACCGAGCAACGGGAGCUCACCCCGUCGCUGGGAUUCGAACUGCCAACCUUCUGAUUGGCAAAUCCUAGGCUCUGGUUUAACCCACAGUGCCACCCGCAUCCCAGAAAAAUAGCACUGCAUAAUACUGAUGUGACCAGAGAGAGGACCUGCCUCUUUCACGUCACCACAAGCCCAUAAUAAUUAGGCUGCCUGUGGCAAAUACUGUUAUGAAGAACCAGGAGCUCCAGAUGCAAACAGCAACACUGAGAUGAAUUCUUGCUUCUGUCUCCUGCGGUAUGCAUGGGAAAAGCAUACGUAUUUGCAAAAGGUCUCAAGUUUAAGGCAGAAUCCAAAUAGGGUGUUCGGUUGGCACAAGUUUUUUGCUUGCACCGUCUCCUAACCCAGGCAUACAUCCUAAAUCUGUUCUAGGGUGAUGUGAAAUUAAGGUUGGAUACCAGCCUUUAGGGACACGGGUUGCGCUGUGGGUUAAACCACAGAGCCUAGGACUUGCCGAUCAGAAGGUCGGCGGUUUGAAUCCCCAUGACGGGGUGAGCUCCCAUUGCUCGGUCCCUGCUCCUGCCAACCUAGCAGUUUGAAAGCACGUCAUGUGCAAGUAGAUAAAUAGGGACCUUUCCGGCGGGAAGGUAAACAGUGUUUCCGUGUGCUGCUCUGGUUCGCCAGAAGUGGCUUAGUCAUGCUGGCCACAUGACCCGGAAGCUGUCUGCGGACAAACGCCGGCUCCCUCGGCCUAUAGAGCAAGAUGAGCGCGCAACCCCAGAGUCGGUCACGACUGGACCUAAUGGUCAGGGUUCCCUUUACCUUUACUUUACCAGCCCUUAAUCUCUACAUCUCACUUAAAAGGAGCAGGGAGCAGGGUCUGGGAAUGACCUCCACCUGUUAGCCACUGCCAAUCAGUGUAGACAUUACUGGGCUUGAUGGGUGAAUAUUCUGACCCGUUUCAAGGCAGUUCCUAUAUGUAAUUAAUGGAAACGUAUGACAUAUGUCACUCCCAUUUUCUUUCUUAAAUCAUAAUCUCGGUGGCGAAAAUGUUCUAGAGUCAACCAAUUUAUGGAGAUGACUUCAAUUUUUCCAUAUAGAGGUGAUGGAAGAUGUAGUAUUUCCAGGCACACACAUUGUGUAUGGAAUUGGAACCAAGUUGUCACCUGAUCCUAAAUCUAUUUCCUUGGAAAGUAUAGCUGCAGCUCAGUGCAUUGUAUGCAGAAGGUUCAAUCCUUGCCAUUAUCAGGUGGGAGUAGGUAAAAGUUGCACCCACAACCCUGGGGAGCUGCUGCCAGUCUGUGCUGUCAGUACUGAAUGAGAUGGAGCAAUGGUUCAAUUUGGGAUGGAGCAGCUUCCUGAAUAACACAUGUUCAACACGUGUGGGUGGGUGUCUCUACAAAGUUUCACAUAACUAUGUUCUACCUCCACAGUCAGUUGCCACUGAAUACCAGUUUCUGGGAACUGGAAGUAAGUGGCCACAGUUGCACUCAAGCACACUUUGGGAAGCUUCCCAGGCUGAGCUACUGUAGAUAAGCCACACACACACACCCCGACGCAGUACAGCUCUUAUUCCUUAAACUCUGCUCACUUGGCAUCUUUCUUGUGUAGAUAUGUAUCCAAUCUCCUCAGCUGGAGGAGAGUCCGAGAGCAACAAGAAACUGAGUCACCUGCUGAACUCUGUGACGGACGCCUUGGUGUGGGUCAUUUCAAAGAGCGGGGUCCCUUUGGCCCAACAGACGACGCGCUUGGCAAACUUGCUGAUGCUGCUCUCACAUGUCCGGCACGCAAGGUAAGGCCAUUCUAGGGGGUGAUCCAGAUUCCCAUCCUAGAGACUGUCAGCCAUUUAAAAAAAAUCUGUGGCAAAAAGCAACAACAGGGCAGAUGACUGGCCUGCUCAAGUUUUAGGUGUCCAUUUCUCUUUUCCUCUUAUUUUUGUUGACACCCCACCCUUUUCCCCAUGGAGUUGUAGUUUGUCCCCUAUUUUCUAUCUGUCAAAUCAUAACCACAAUAAUCUAAUUCCUUCUGUUGCUCAUAGCUCAAAUCCUGCUUGCAAGUUCACUGUACUAUAUUAUUUCUUUAAACAGUCCAAAAAAGGCAUCCAUUCUUCCUGGCUGAUCCCGAAUCAGUCCUCUGGUCCAUGUAUCACAAUCUUUCUCAAUGUUGCGUUUCCAGCUGUUGCUGGACUACAACUCCCAUCUUCCCUGGCCACUGUUACUGCUAGCUAGGGGAGGAUGGGAGUUGUUGUUCAACAACAGCUGGGGACUCAAGGUUGAGAAAGGCUGGUGUAGCACAUUAUCCAGAUUUCAGGCUUGCCAGAUCUAAUCUGGUUUUUAUUAGAGUCCCAAGAGCUCUUAACUAGAAGCAAGGGGGAAAGACAGUUGGAAUGUAAGAACAAAGUGUCCCUGAGUGCAUUCUGAGUCAAGGAAUUUGUUUUCAGUACCAAGACUAAAGAGAGCUCACUGUCCUUUCCCACAAGAAUCCAACCCUGGUUAGCGUUCUUCAUUUUGACAACUGAAUUUAGCUAGGAAAAAAGAUCGCCGUUGUAAAUAAGUGAGAGUCGGUAUUUGAGGAGGCAGCAAUUUCCAUCCUGUACCGUGUUCAUCACAAACAGCCUUGCUUCCAUUCCUCCACACUUCAGCUUCCCCUAAAACCUCCAUUGCUCUCACUAUCUGUUGUGGCUGAAACUAACAUACAUUGGCUUGCUGAUGUAGUGCAAGAUCAUGGGGUGUUGUUGUUUUGGAACAGACAAAUCGGUGGUUCGCUUUGUGCUUUGUGAACAGUGUUACGAACAUGCUUGUAAUGGUUCUAGGUGUUGCUCGUGCGUUAAUCAGCUCCCCACCUGGCUGGGUUGCCUGAGUGAACCUUUUCUGUCCGGACAGCCACUCGCCCGUGGCUGUCUCAAUCGCUGGCAGAAUCCGUCAGUGGGUGUUUCUUGAACUUCUUCCAGCACAAAAGUUCUUUGACGCCUAGUCUCCGCCUAGUCUCCCUGCGCGGAAGCCUUCUGCGCAUGAAGGGUGUGGGCAGCGGAGGACCCGUGCUCUCCCCGCUGGUCCCUGGCGAAGAGUCAUGGAGCCACCUCGCCGAUUCCCCCAUCUGCCCCCCUUCUCCACUGGUGCUACGCUGAUUUCCUUCCCCAGAAGAUGUGCUGCUUCUCUCCCUCCCGGGACACUCUCCGGAAUCCCUCUGAAGCCCUCCCUCUCCGCCUGGCUCCGAUGGCAGUUCCCUGACAAUUCUGGUUCCGCAUUUUGAGCUAAUGCUUUCUUAAGUUUAGCUUGCUUUGCAUUGGGAUUCCAAAAAUGGUGCCCUUCAUUGAAAGACGUUGGCUGAUGGUUUUGUCUACAAUAGGGCUCCUUGUUCUCAGUGGGCAGUUGCAUAGUUUAAACUGAGAAGCAAAUCUUAAUUGCAAUAGAGCACUUGUGUUUUCCCAAGGCUUCUGAUCGUAAACCAUGGACAAUAAGGCUAUCGGUAUCUACUAGACACAACGGCCAUAUGUAAUCUGCAGGUUCAGAGGCACUAUGCUGUUGUGAAUAUCAGCUGCUGGUGAGCCACAACAAGAGAGAGCUGUUGUCAUGUUGUCCUGCUUGCUAGCUAGCUUCCCAGAGGCAUCUGAUUAGCUGCUUGUGGGAACAGAAUGCUGAAAGAGAUUGUCCCCUUUGUAUUAUCAUGCUGUGCUCUCCUUAUGUUCUUUUCCUUGGUCUCACGGUACUCACUAAUCAGGCAAGACUAGGUGGCCUUGUGCUCUGAUCCAGGAGGGCUGUUGGUAUGAUUUUGCUGGCAUCAUUCUUAGUCCACUAAGCAGAUCAAGUCUCUAUUCAGGAGACUUGAUUUACCCUCAACAGUUAACCCAAGUGCUAUUAAAAUACUCCGUUCAGGAUAACAUUCAGUUGGUUAGAGUGUGAUGCUGAGAACGCCAAGGUUGCAGGUUCGAUCCCUGCAUUGGGCAGCUGCAUAUUCCUGCAAUGUGGGGGGUUGGAUUAGAUGAUCCUCAGGGUCCCUUCCAACUCUACAAUUCCAUGAUGGUUCUGGUUUAGACUGCGUGGGCCAUCGCAUGAGGAUGGUCUCAUGAUACUAUUUAUGCCUUGGGUUUGUUCCAAAGAAACAACUCACCCUAAGGUCAGACUUUCUCCAGACUGCAUCAUUUCAGCUGGGAGAUGGCAUAUUCAAAUGCUCCUUUCCACACAAACCAAAUGAUGUUGGAGAAAAGGCUUGCCGAAGUCUCUUCUUCCUGGCAGCUGGUUUUCUAUGUGCAACAAAUUCUGUAUACGGGACAGCAUUCAGCCACGAUAGCUAUGUACAUUCAGUUGCAAUCAGGUCCUGCUUGGAGACUUCCCAUAGGCAUCUGGUUGGCUGAUGUGGGAACAGGAUGCUAGCCUAGAUGGGCCAUUGGCUUGAUCCAGUAGGCUCUGCUGAUGUUCUUAAUUUUCCACCCAUAGCUUGCAGCCAUAAAGCCCAGGCACAGUUUUGCUGCUUGGUGAGUGCUGGGUAUAGACUGGAUCCUCCCUGUGGGCAUAUCUAAUAAGAAUGGUAACUUCUUUAGAUUUUCCUCACAGAACUAAGACACGUUAUAUUUUUUUCACAAGGCAAAAAAGGCUAUUCAGCAGCUGCAUUGCUCACAAAAUUAUGUCAUAGGGUGGUAGAGUUGGAAGGGAUCCUUAGGGUCAUCUAGUCCAACCCCCUGCAAUACAGGAAUCUCCACUAAAGCAUUCAUGACAGAUGGCCAUCCAACCUCUGAUCAAAAACCUUCAAGGAAGGAGAUUCCACAACCUUCCAUGGUCAAAUAGCUCUUACCGUCAGAAAGUUCUUCCUGAUGUUCAGUUGGAAUCUCCUUUCUUGUAACUUGGAGCCAUUGAUUCGAGUCCUACCCUCCAGAGCAGGAGAAAACAAGCUUUCACCCUCUUCCAAGAGGGAUAUUAGAAGAUGGCUGUCAUAUCUCCUCUCAGCCUCCUCUUUUCCAGUUUCAUUCAUUCUGAAAAUUCCAGUGCUGUUAUAAAUGCGUUCUGGGUCUUCAUUUCAAAGGAAUUCUGUGACUCACAAAAGGCAACAGCCUCUGUGGUUUUUCUGAUGAGAUAGCUGCUAUCUCUGUCUGACGCAUUCAGAACUUUAGGUUAGAGAAGUCAAGGCCUCAGUUUAAGUUGCUCUCAUGUCAUCAAACCCCAGAGUCAGCAACUAACUGUGUUCAACACUCACGUCUGGAAAAUAAUAUCUAGCUGUUCUCAUACAAAUAUCCUAUUGUUUUUUGUUUCGUUUUUAAAUUAAGAUCUUUGUACACUGCCUUGAACAGAAAGAUGUCCUGGAUUUCAACUGGUAUGUUAUUUUGCAAGUACAUGCAGUAUUACAGUGGCUGUGUUUGGAUGGUAAAGGUAAAAGUAAAGGGACCCCUGACCAUUAGGUCCAGUCGUGACCGAUUCUGGGAUUGCGGCGUUCAUCUCACUUUAUUGGCCGAGGGAGCCAGCUUACAGCUUCCAGGUCAUGUGGCCAGCAUGACUAAGCCGCUUCUGGUGAACCAGAGCAGCGCACAGAAACGCCGUUUACCUUCCCGCCGGAGCGGUACCUGUUUAUCUACUUGCACUUAGACGUGCUUUCGAACUGCUAGGUUGGCAGGAGCAGGAACAGAGCAACGGGAGCUCACCCCGUCGCGGGGAAUCGAACCGCCGGCAAGUCCUAGGCUCUGUGGUUUAACCCACAGUGCCACCCACCUUCCUUGUGUUUGGAUGAUGUAAUGCUAAAUCUUGGUUUGGUGUACAUGAACAAGCCUAGCUUCCCUCCAGAGUCACAUGCUGCAGCUACAACUGGGAGAUUUGAAGCUUCUGUUUCCAUUUUAGAUUCACCUCAAUUUAGCAUGUUGUCCAGAUUCUAAACUGUGGUUAAUCUUAACUAUGGUUAGUGGGAAACAAAGCAGUUUCAUAAACCAUGGGUUGAAGCUGGCUUGUUUCCAUGGAUUGUACUUAAGGUUAACCAAAGUUUGUCCAGGUUUGGAUGACAUGGUAUCAGCUGCCCUCCAAGAUCCCUUAGGGGAGAUCCCCUGUGGACUGGAGCAGUUGUGACAAUAGGAAUGAAGUAACCUGAAAAGAAAUGCCAGAAUUUCAAUUGUUAACAUUAUAGGGUGGGUGGAUGGGAAGCUCACUCGAAGGCCGAGGUGGAGGCAUCAAGCAUGUAGCCCCUUUUAUGCUCCUGGGGUGCACCAGUCCUCCACAGUCUCCUCUCUGGUCCACCCAACCCAGAAGCCUCAGCACCUGGGAGCCCAGCAACGAAGCUGAUUGGCUCGCAGUUCCACCACAGUCCAUACCCUCUGCCCAAUUGUGAGGCACGCACGAUUCAUUCUUCACACUCCCAAAAUCUCUUUCUGUCUCUGUUUUAAAUGGAUUCCGGCCCUAAAUAUCUGUUCGUUUCAUCACCUUUCUUUCAAGAAGAACAGAAAUUGGACAAGCGUUUCCAUUAACGUUGCUGGAUUGUAUUUCUUCCCAGCAAAAGAGUAGAUGGGUUUUAAUAAAACUGAAUAAAUGAUUACCAUGGAUUCUUUUCUCUUUUUUUGCUCUGCCCACCCCUUGCAAUUAUUUAUUCUUUGAUAGUGUUAGAAGUCCGUUCAGUAAUUAUGUUAAAAUGUUCGCUCAUCACAGGAAAGCGUAUCCAUUCCUUUUCUCCCACUUUUAAAAAAUGACACAUUAAAAUGAUUUGAAUCAAAUUAUUUUAGUUGUAUGUAUGAAAAUACUGUGGCACGAAUGGGGAACCAGUAGCCAACUGGUUGCUGUCAGACUACAACUCUCAUCAUCCAUGGCCAUUGGGCACAAUGGCUAGGAAUGAUGGGAGUUGGAGUCCAGCAACAUUUGUUGAGCCACAGGUUACCCAGCCCUGUGCUGGGCAGCCAUUGUGAUAUCUUUCAACUGUUGUUGGACUACAGCUCCCAUCAGCCCUAGCCAGCAUGGCCAACAGUCAAGGAUCAUGGGAGUUGUAGUCCUAACAGCACCUGUAGGGCACCACAUUGGCACAUGAUCUUACUCCAGUCACAUUUUUCUUGUGAAUGUAAACAGUCCAAAACAACCCACUGUGGAGCAGAGCGCUCAUUGGCAUCACAAAGUUUCCUCUUCUACUUUCUUUCCUGUUUGGCUAACAUAAGUAGCUUGUAAGGUAAAGGGACCCCUAACCAUUAGGUCCAGUCGUGGCCGACUCUGGGGUUGCGGUGCUCAUCUCGCUUUAUUGGCUGAGGGAGCCGGUGUACAGCUUCUGGGUCAUGUGGCCAGCAUGACUAAGCCGCUUCUGGCAAACCAGAGCAGCGCACAGAAAUGCCGUUUACCUUCCCGCCGGAGUGGUACCUGUUUAUCUACGUGCACUUUGACGUGCUUUCGAACUGCUCGGUUGGCAGGAGCAGGGACCGAGGAAUGGGAGCUCACCCCGUCACGGGGAUUCGAACCGCCGACCUUCUGAUCAGCAAGUCCUAGGCUUUGUAGUUUAACCCACAGCGCCACCCGUGUCCCUAAGUAGCUUGAGAAAGGCUCAAAAGCAAUUUUUAAGCCUCCUGUGUGAAAAUGCACUUAGGUACUCAGCUGGUUUGCCAUGGCAGAGACUACAUUCGCAAGCUCCAAUGAGGUGGCCAAGUUCGGAGAAGAUGGAACAGACUGUACCACUUCAGCUGUGUGUGAAUGGGAGGGGAGGCAAGAUACGAGAAAAUAAUUCUUGUAGGUAGAAAAUUACUCCAUCAGGGAGAGCAAGUCUAGGUCAGGACUCUCAUUCUGUGCUAAUGUUCUGCCUCCAGGGUGUUUAGAAGCAUUUAGAAAUGUCACACACAAACAUCUUCGCCUGAAGUGGUACAGACCAGUUUACCACCUCCUUCUGAAUUACGUCUGCUGCAGAUAUCUGCUAUCUGGCUCUAAUGCUUAAUAGCAAGAACCAUGCACACAACUCUUAUUUGCCCCCAGUUCACAGAAUUGUAGAGAUGGAAGGGACCCCAAGGGUCAUCUAGUCCAACCCCCUUGCAAAGCAGGAAUCUCAACUAAAGCAUCCAUGACAGAUGGCCAUCCAACCUCUGCUUAGAAACCUCCAGUGAAGGAGAGUUCCACUGCUGAGCAGCUCUUACCCCAAUAAAGUUUUUCCUGAUGUUUAGUUUGGAAUCUCCUUUCUUGUAAUUUGAAUCCAUUGCUUUGGGUCCAGAGCAGGAGAAAACAAACUUGCUCCACCCUCCAUGCGACAGUCCUUGAGAUACCUGAAGAUGGCUAGUGUAUCUCCUCUCAGCCUCCUCUUUUCCAGGCUAAACAUACCCAGCUCUUUCAACCGUUCCUUAUAAGGCUUGGUUUCCAGACCCUGGAUCAUCUUGUUUUUUGUUUUUUUUUAAAUAAUAUUUAUUAAUUUUCAACCAUUUAAACACAACAAAAUAGACAAAACAAAAAAAACAUAACAAAAUAAGACACAAACCAUUUAACACACAAAACAAUUUCAAUAUCUUAUCUUUCAUUCCCUUAUUUCCAGGACCUCCUCACACCUCCCUUUUUGUAUUCCACUUCUAUUAAUUGUUUCAGCAAUUCCUUUCCAUCUUCCUCUGUUUCUAUCCUAUAAUUAUCUUAACAUAUUCUGACCUUAUUUUUCCCUUUAAUAGUUUAUUAAUCUAUUUAUACUUAAUUCCUUAUAGCAUUUCUACUAGGGCCAUAUAACUUCAUUCCAACAUUUUUCUUACAUUCAUUAUUUUUACAGUAUUUCUAUAAAUAGUCUUAAACUUUUUCCAGUCUUCUUCCACCGACUCUUCUCCCUGGUCUCGGAUUUCUGCCAGUCGUUUCCGCCAAUUCCAUAUAGCCCAUCAACUUCAUCUGCCAUUCUUCCCGAACAGAUAAAUCUUGUGUCUUCCAGUACUUCACAAUGAGUAUUCUUGCUGCUAUUGUUGCAUAUGUGGAAAAAGUUCUGUCCUUCUUUAAGACCAAUUGGCCGACCAUGCCCAGGAGAAAGGCCUCUGGCUUCUUCAAAAGGGUAUAUUUAAAUGCCUUUUUCAUUUCGUUAUAAAUCAUCUCCCAAAGUGUCUUAAUCCUUGGGCAUGUCCACCAAAAGUGAACUCUAAUCCUCAAAUUCGUCUGUUUUUCUUUAAGUUCAGUCAUAGCAUACGUCAACUUAUGUUCAUCAAAUUGCAUCUGUAGGGCUGGGGCUCUCUUUCUCUUUCUCUCCAGUUGUGUUACUUUACAUUCAGAAAAAACAGCUUUUUCCCUGGCUUCCUCCGCAGUUUGCCGUAUCAAAGUAGGUUCCUGUAUCAAUUUCUGAGUGGUUUCUGCAUUGGUAUUACUUAUACUAUCUGUAUUUAGGUUGAUUUUAGUAAUUGAAACAUCCAUUUUCGCAUUUAUCAUGUCCAUUUUCCUGUUAAGCUGGUCCAAUGAGUCAUUUAUCUUAUAAAAUGCAGCCACUAAAGCCUCUUCUGUCGACAUCCUUCUUGGUUUUAAAUAUGCUGGUACAAAGGCAGCAACAGAAGGAGCAGGGGGGCCUGAUGAUGGACCUCUUCUGGAUUGUUGCCAAAUCCUCCCAGACCUUACUGUUUUGUCAGCAGUUGACUGAUCUGUUUUUCCUCUUCCAUUUACCAUAACACUUAAAAGAUUCAAGGUCAGUCCCAGAGUCUCACGGUUUUUAACUUGCAGCUGGAAAUUCCCCUAGCCCAGCUCUUGUAAAACAACUGGUUUCAAAGGCUUCCACUAGGGGGAAACAGUUUCUAUUUGUAAUAGUCAAUAGUAUCCUCUUUUCAACAAUCCAAAAUUAGUUUCAAAUUAGUUUCAAUUUUCAGUUACUUUUACUCCUUUUUAAAGCAGCCGGAGACAGUAGAAACAAUGUAUUUCUCUUGUUUAACUAACUGUCAAUGAACGUUCUAAACGCUGUCAAUAAACAUUCCAAAAGACGUCAGUCCUACUAGCAGCCCGUUUCCAGGGUCAGAGCAGCGGUGUUUAAAAUCUCUUCACUCUCUCCCACAGGCAUAAUCAAUCCACAACUUCCCCCUCUCUUCUCCUGCCUCCGAAAGGGGGUUUAAUGUUCUUUAUUGAUGGAAAUUUAAUCUUUUACAAAAGACUUUCCAGGACUCCAGCUUGCAACUUCAUUGCCUCAGUCUAUUUACAAAAGGGGAAGGCGGACUUCCUGUUUUGAACCUCCCCGUUGCAAUACCAAAUUAAACAUUUAGAAAUCCAAUUCUUCCGUUUCAGAUCUACUCACGGGUAAUUAAGUCAAAUUGUCCACAGGAAAAGGUCAGUGCUCUCUGGCAACAGCUAUGCAGCUUCGCUCUGUGGAAGAAGCAGACGAUUCGAUGCACCGCGCCACUCACCCCACGUCGCUCCGGAGCCCCAAAAACUGGGUUUCCCCGCGAGUGGGGGAGGCGCAAAAGGUGCCCGCCGAAUCCCACGCUCACAGGCUUCUCCCGCCUGUUAUUUUAAUGGGUCUCCACCUUCGCCGUGGCAGCCAGACCCAGAUUCCCACGGAGCAGAUUCCUUCCGGUCAGAGGAAUUCCGCCAUUACCGGAGGCACCUCCCCGGAAGUCCUCCAGACCCUGGAUCAUCUUGGUUGCCCUCCUCUGCACAUGUUGACAACUUCAUGGCAUGGAGGAAAUUAAACGUUCAUUGAGAGGGAUGGAUUGGCCGUUAGCUUAACUAGAGCAGGGGUCCCCAAACUAAGACCCGCGGGCCGGAUAAGGCCCAAGGGACUCGUUUAUCCAGCCCGUGGCGACCCUGCCGCCUGCUGCCACUGCCCACUCUUACCGGCGUGGCGCUGCGCGGCUGCCCACUUCCAGGUCGGAGGAGCACCGGAAGUAGCUUGUGCGCAUGCGCAAGCGUUAUUUCCGGUGCACAUCCUUGUCGGAGGAGACCCGUGCGCAUGUGCACAAGCUAUUUCCGGUGCUUCUCCAACCUGGAAGUGCACCGGAAAUAGCGUGUGCACACGCGUAUCGUCACGCGCUCCCCUGCCCUCUGGCCCGCCGCGCGAUCGGCGCUGGAGACACCGGCCCGAGGCGCGGUAAGUUUCCUGACCCCUGAACUAGAGCAUCAGAUGCAUAGCAGGGGAGAGGAGGAUGUCCAGUGGUUGACAAUGCUUUUAUUGCUUUGAGACAGAAAUUCCACAGGUGCCUCUCUUCUCAAUAAAAAAUUAAUGGCUAGUCACAAUGCAUAAAAUGCCACAAAACAUACAAAACCAUGUAUUUUUUUUUAAUUGAUACACCAAAAAAAGGAAAAAAUGCAAAAAUACAAACAAAACAGUGAUAAAGACAAUAUUAAUUACAAAUCAAUAAAGCGAAAAGCGGUCCUUGGACUAUAGACCCGACCUCCCGUCCAUUCCCUGUUUCAGUUAUCUAUUAUUUGAUUUAUCUUAGGUUUCAUAUCUUUCUUAAAUCUACUACUAAAGUUACGCAAAUGCUGCGACAGAGUUUAAACUACUGUAAUUGUUUUUCAAGUAAACUUUGAAGACUUCCCAUUUCGAGAUGAAUUCCUGUUUUUGUUUAUUCUUUGUUUUUUCUGAUAAACUAUCUAACUCCGCGUAAUCUGUUAGCUUUUGGAUCCAUUCAUGGGUAGAGGAGAUUUCAUCAAUCUUCCACUUUGUAACAAUAAGAACUCUUGCUGCCACUGUGGUGUAUAAAAAUAUACUCUUCAUUUUUUGCGGGCUAUCCAAAUCUGUGAUCCCCAAAAGAUAAGCUUCUGGUUUUCUCUUAAAGGAAAUCUUUAUUAUUUUUUGUAUUUCUAAGUGGAUAGUCUCCCAAAAUGCCUGGAUUUUUUUUGCAUAGCCACCACAUAUGAUAGAAAGUGCCUGAUUUAUCUCCACACCUGCAGCAAUUACUUGGGACACUUUCGUACAUCUUUGACAGUUUCCAAGGUGUUAGAUACCAUCGGUGUUGCAUUUUUAGGAAGUUUUCUCUUAAUUCACAGUUUGUGAAUUUCCAAUUAUUCUUCCACAAAUUUUCCCACUGUGGCAUGGUUAUUGAAUACCCAAAGUCUUGUGACCACUUUACCAUGGUCGCUGUGACCUCCUCCUCCUUGACUUCCCAGUCAAAAAAUUAAUGGCAAGUCACAAUGCAUAAAAUGCCACAAAACAUACAAAACCAUGUAAUAGGGUCAAACUGAGAAACAAGGACACACAACCUAUAAAAUUAUUAUUUUUUAAAUAUCCCUGACCUCUUCCCAGCUACCGUAUUUUUCGCUCUAUAGGACGCACUUUUCCCCCUCCAAAAAUUAAGGGGAAAUGUGGGUGCGUCCUAUGGAGCGAAUGCAGGCUCCUUGGCUUCAGCGAUAGCAACGCGAAGCCUCCAAAGUGCAGAGGGAGCGCUCCCUCCGCGCUCCGGAGGCUACGCAUUGCUUUCGCUGAAGCCUUUCGCACCGACCCCUCUCGCUCUCCAGGCUUCAGGGAUAGCCGCCUGAAGCCUCCGGAGCGCAGCGGGAACUCGCGCUGCACUCCAAAGGCUUCAGGUUCCUUUUGCUGAAGCCGGGAGAGCAAGACUCUUCUGGCUUCAGCAGAGAGGGAGAGCUGCGCAGCGCCCCUUCAGCCAAGCGGGAGGAGAAAUGGAAGGGGCUCCGUUUCUCCUGCCACUUUGCUGAAGGGGCGCUGAGCAGAGAGGGGGAGAUUUUUUUUUCCUUGUUCUCCUCCUCUAAAACAAGGUGCGUCCUAUGGUCGGGUGCGUCCUAUAGAGCGAAAAUAUGGUACUUCUGCUGUCAUGGUCUGGGAAAGGCUUCUAGAGGGUGGGGCAAGGCAGGUGGGAAAAGCUGUUGCCUGUCGGACAGCAGAAAGUCUCUCUCCCCACAGUGCAUUUUAAACCUCAGUGGCUUGCUGUGACCUCUUUGCUUUCUUCACAGUAACAAAGGGAUGGAGCACCUUCUCAGCAUGAAAUGCAAGAAUGUUGUUCCCGUCUACGACCUACUGUUGGAGAUGCUCAACGCUCACACCCUCCGAAACAAAGGGAAAACCUCUGCCUCUAAUAUCCAGGUCACCCCAUCGGAACAAACUAAGAGCGCAGAUGUACCUCAGCAGUGAUUUCGUACCGGAACGGGAGCCCAGGGAAGCACCAAGAAAACAGUCCCAAGAUUCAAAAUGUGGGUGUUUGCUUUAAAAGAAAGAAGGCACAGAUUUUGAUCUCUCUCUCGCCUGGAGUUUUUUAAUGGGAUUGUACUCUAAUCUUUUUACACUGGAUGCGGUAUGUCUUGGAAAAGCCUCAUGGGGUUGGAAUGGAAGAAUCUGCCGGUGAAUGUAGCUUUAUCAUCAACUCUGCACUUCUGGAGUGCCUUUUAGAGGAGACUGCUGAAGUGCCAUAUGCGCCUUAAGCUUCAUGGUUAUCCUAGUUGGGUGGCAGAACACAAUUUUUUUGUAGAAAGAAGGAGGUUGGGUGAUGCACAGACCUAGGGUUCCACUGCAAAAAAAUGGGAGCAGCCUCUUCUUACCGAAGUAGCCUAUGAAAUACGCUGUACAUUACAGCAGACAGGAGGGAUCCCAUCCACCUUAAGAAAUACGUGCUGUUCCAAACUGAAAAAGACAUGGAUAAGUUUACCUUUGCGCAACUGCGCCUUUGAUCAGUAGUGGGAGAAGGAGGUCCUCCUAUUUAAAGGAAAGCGCUUGGAGAGUUUGUAUCCUGACCCACUUUGACAAUGUGGACCAGAAGCUUGUUUUUUAUUAUUACAAAGCUCCAGUUUCUAUUGACUGUUAUCUAAGCAUUUGCCGUGUUUGAUUUCUGUGCUCAAGCACUUGAGUGGGUGCAAGGCUUGCCCUUCUCGUUUCCUGCUGCAGACUCGUGCAACGUAUUGCCAUGUGUGGAGGAAUUAUUGCUAUGAAUAGUCAGAAUUCGUGAGUAAUUAUUUCAUGCUUAGCUACACAGGAUCGAUAUGAUUGUGGCUAUAACUGUGGAAACAGGUUUUGGUGUCCAUAAAUGUAUUCAUCCUAUGGGGGGUGGGGGGUGGAAGCACAGAAUAAGGUGCCUUCCGGUGGACCAAUUAGAGUAUGUCCCAACAGGAGCAGAUGAAACGACUAUGUGCCAUAUCAGUGCAUGAAUUCCAAUGCACAUGCACAAGCAGCUCCCUCAGUAGCAAGCGCUUGCCCAGUUACUUCAGUGGAGGAGGCAUCUCUGCACACAAAAAGAGAACAUGCACAAGUUAAUGUGAAAGACCGAUUACUCCCCAUGCAAAUGUGCCAGCAUUUCUUGUGUGCGUUAGCUAAUGCACCUUGGAUAGAAAAGGGAGCCUGGAGCAUGUCUGUCUUCAAGCUUCAUUGGAAAGCCAUUGGAAAACUCUUGGAUAGCUCAGUUGGUUAGAGCAGAGUGCUGAUAAUUCCAAGGUUGCAGGUUUGAUCCCCAGAUGGGACAGCUGCAUAUUCCUGCAUUGCAGGCAGUUGGACUAGACCAGGCAUAGGCAAACUCGGCCCUCCAGAUGUUUUGAGACUACAAUUCCCAUCAUCCCCGACCACUGGUCCUGUUAGCUAGGGAUGAUGGGAGUUGUAGUCCCAAAAUAUCUGGAGGGCUGAGUUUGCCUAUGCCUGGACUAGACAAUCCUCAGGGGCCCUUCCAACUCUACAAUUCUAUGAUUCUUACCUGGUUCUAUUAUUCUUACCUGAUACUUAGCAUGGGAAAUGUCCAGUGGGAGGCAGCUCACCCCUAGACACCCUCCCAUGUACUAGGAGAAUCCAGUGACAACCACAGUUGCCUCUUUAGACCAGCACUGGCUGACACACCCACACGCACCCACACACACAAAUUUGACCUAUGGGAAUACGAAGCCCUGAAACUAUAUCAGUUUCCAUGCAGUUAGAGCGAUCCGGCAGUGUGCUUCCCUGCCCCAUGGGCUGCUGAGCCAUUAUUUGUAUCUCAUCUGCCAACUUAUGCACUCUCAAUCUAUGGCCCGAAAGCUAGCGCAAGGGCAGAGAACUUGUGACUGCCCAGAUGGCAGCAUUUCCAAUGGACAUGGGUGGCGAGAGUUGGCAUCCAAAAACAUCUGCAAAGCCACAGAACACACACACCCCCCCCCAGCCCUGAGCCAGUGGCAUGCUUUAUUUUGGGCUGCAACUCCCAAACUUCUGAUCUGUGUGACACCCCUUUUUCCUGAAUUAAAACUGGAGGCACCUUUCACUCCUCUGGCACACAAACAGUUUGCAAUGUAGUCUGUAAAAGCUGAUGCCAAAAUAAUCUGUUGUAAUGAAAACAACGUUAGAGUCUUGCAGCCCCUCAAAGACUCCCAUGGCUACCCCUCUGCACAUAGAAACAGCUCAGUCCAUCACAAGUGUGGCACUUUUUGUCCUGGCUCACCUGUCUCCCCAUCCCUGCUUAUCCCUCCCCCUUCAAAUCUCACCUGAAAACCCUAACCUUGUUCACUUUUUAACAUGGCAUCUCAGACUGUGGUUGCUCAGCGCUUGCUCCUAUUCCAGUGCUCGUAGCUUCUGCCUGUUUGCUGUGGAAGCAUUGUCAGAUUAUGUGUCAUGUUGCCAGCAUGCGGCCUCCUGACCAAGCCCAGUAGGGCCUCAGCAGGAGAUGUGCCACCAACAUGGCACCUAAUUGUGCAGUCAGUGGAAUGGGCGCAAUCCCAGAGACGGCGACAGCCACAUGUUCAACAUCACCCAGGCCUUUUGCAACUUACCCCUCACUUUCACCGUGCCUUCAUCUCCUUGUUGAUUAUAUUUCACUAUUGCUUGUUUCGCCUCUUCUCUUUUGCUUUGUUCAUUCUAUGUCAGUUGUAAUCAGGGGUCGUUUUACAUCAGUGUGAUGCCCGGAACACAGCCCAUUGGCACCAAAUAAACAUUGUGCAAACAAGCACUGCGAGACUUUUCUCCGUAAUUGGACAAUGUUGCAGGUGCAUGGCCCUGUUUCGUAUGUGCAUGAUGUACAUAAAUUGAUGUCUCUGUAUACAUGACGAAUUAUGGCCAAUUGUUAGAACUGACUUGUUUUAGGAGAUUGUGUCUGAAGGGAAGAUGGGGGAGGGUAUAGGAAAGGGCCAUUGGCUCUUCCAUACACACAGCUGGCCAGCUGAUUUUGCAAACACCUCCUGAUGAAUCUGUGUGUCAACCAGCCCAAUGAAAGUUUGACACGAUGCUGUGAAGAAAUGCUUCAAAUCUUUGCCUGGGGGGAAUCUGCGAAGGCCAUGGAGAUUUAUUCUGUUUGCUGAGCUAAAAUGGACUUUGGAUGCAAAUAUCAAAUAUCAAAAGGCAUCACAUUUUAACAAGAGGUAGGAAUAAAUAUCCACUGGAAAAAUGCAGGGAUGCUGCCAGGCAUUUUUGUCUCUCUUACCAACGGGCCUUCUGACUCUUUGUAAAGCACAGAGUUGGGGGGGACGGGACAAAACAGGUUACUUGUUAUCUGGGCUAUGCAUAAAUGGUGACUUGGGGGGGUACGGAAACAGUAUGGAAUUCAUCUUCCUCAGAAUUUUAGCUUUCAUUUAACCCCCCCCCCACAAAGUUUCUAGUUUUUAGGGAUGUAAAGUUUUUCUUGAAAUGCCUCCAGGGUGCAGCUGAAUGUUUCAAUGCCCUGAGUAGCCCAUUGCCCAGCCUCACAUAGAGCAAAACCUGAACAAAUUAUGCAAAACAAGAGAACAUAAGCAAAUCUACUUAAUUUAAAUUAGUUGUGGUUGUUUUAAAUUAUCUAAAUGAGAUCCACCCUGUACACAACCCUGGCAAGAAUGUUAGAAGAGAUGGAAAUGCAGUUGGAAAGCUCACUCUCGAUGUGUGUGAAGACACAGAUUUCCUAGUGUCAUGAAGGGGAUGGUCUAAUCCAGAGGAAGAAUAGGAGGAGCUCAAGGAGAUGGAUCUGGGCAAUCCUGGAGAGUGUCCUAGUAGAUGGGGGAGGUGGAACCCGGAACCGGAGAAGUGUCUGAGUCUGGGGAGGAGGCCAGUAGUCCGGGGAAUGAAGAGAGGAGGGGGUGGACCAAGGAGGCAGAUAGAGGGGUGUUCUGCCCCCUGACACUGGGCAUUCCUAAUCAGAUACCUCCUGCUGGGGAGCUGCCACCCCACCUUGGUAGUAUCUUCACCUACCAAAUGAGACUAAAUUGGAUGCUGAGGUGGCGCUGACCCCCAUCUCCAUCUGCAAGGGCACAAGAGAUGCCAAUGCGAACCUCACAAGCCCAGCCCACUCAGAGGAGUGCCAGUUCUGCAGAGUCCUGGGGCUCUGACUGCUUGCUGCGCUGUGUGCUCUGCCCAAAAGCAAGGUGCAGGGGCCACAUCGCUUAUUGGGUGAACGUCUUGCGCUUAGCUAUGUAUUUAUACCUCCGAUGUACCUGCUGUACCUGCUGUACCUUGUGCCUUGCUUAUGUACCAAUCUGACUUAUGCAUUAAAGCCUUUGCCAGAAACUGAGCUGGGAGUUCCAAGUUCUUCCUCUGACCGGCAGCGAGGGCCAGGGUCUAACGGUCUGCAAUUUCAGUGAAAAGCAAUUUCUGCAAAUUAUUACUAUUAUUAUCAUG